UCUCCCGAAUAACGUGAACUAGACGGACACACUUAGCUAGCUAGCUAACUUGCUAAUUUCAAGGCAUCAACCAAUUUGUGUAGCUAGCUAUUUUAUUUUAUGUAGACUUCAACGAUUAUUGGCAAAGAAGAUUUAAUGUUAACAUUGGAGGACGUUUUUACAAGGAGUCUAGUUGACGUAAUACUACUCAAUUGAAGACAACCCAGUUUAUUAGUUGUGCAAGAAGAAACCAAAGCAAGAUGCUAAACCAAAGCAGGAGGAACACCUGGAGCAGAUCCCUUUCCGCCUGCGCGAGAUCAUGAAGAGCAAGGAGAGGAUGAAGCUUGGCACGAAGAAGACGAAAAAGAAGAAUGAAGCUGCUGGACCCAAGCAGAAAGCGGAGAGACCCCAGGCCCCUGGAGAGAUCUCGGUUCCACACUUUCGGCGGCGUCAGAGAGAGUCCGAGAAGGCGUACCUGCGGCGCAUGAACCGGGAGACGCAGCACGUGCUCUUCCUCACCAAGAACCAGCUGGACCGCAAGCCAGAGAUGGCCCAGGAGGAGCAAGAGCACCCGGCAGACAAGCGCAAGUCGGAGAAGAAGAGAGAAUUUGACAAAGUGAGGCUACAGAAGCUGAAAAAGAAGAAGGCUGAGAGGAGAGAGGAGGAGGAGGAGAAGGAGCUACUCAUCGACACAGUGCGCUUUGGCGAGGUUGCCAUGGCUCCCCCGUGCUUGACAACAAAACCCAAGAAGGCGACCAGCAAGAAGGAGGGGGCGAUGAAGGGGCUGUUGCUCAACUCUCUCCUUGGCCACACCCCCGUUUCCACAGCCAAGCCCUCGAUGGCGAGGCAGAGGAUGAUGGAGGAAGAGCGGCAGCGUGUGGUCCUGGCCUACAGGCACAUGAAGAAGAUGAAGCAGGAAAGGAAGGGGUUGCAGGCAGCAGGGCUAGACAAGCUGAAGGACCCGCAGUGAGGUUGGGGGCAGGGCUUCGCGUAUUGUGGAAAUGGCCUGGCUUCACUGAGAUGGUUGGCAUUUUUGUUUUAUAUCUAAACUCCGUGGGAGACAUUUGUUUUGACUUGAGUCUGUGCAAGGGCAGGAUAACGGCGCCCCACCUGGGAUUCAGACCUAGAAUGGUCUGGACACAACUCCGGCACCGCGACCCACAAGAGUUUCCAGAAAGAAUGCUUUCUUGGUAUGUGACCGAAGUGCCUACAAUUACAAUUACUCAUUAAUGAAGCCAUCGCUGCUCACUGACCCACAAGACCUCUCCUCCUCUGCCUUCACCUGCUCCACUCUUCUGGUGUGUUGCUUCACAGUUCUCAAGACACCAUAGUGUCUAGGUUCCUGAAAUAAUGCUUCCGGCCAAUCACGUGAACCCAGACCCUGACCUCUGACCUCUGACCUCCACGCUGAAACACGCUGACGCGGAACUAACCGUGACGCUAACGAGCAGAGCACAGCGUUUCGCGCGCGGUCAUGUGCCUGCUUUUAAGACUGGGAGAAGAACAGUCUCCACUCUGGCUUGGAUGAUGGCCACGGCACCUGCAGAGGUACUCAGCCUGUCCUGAAGGGCUGCAGUGUUCUGGGGAAAUCAGCCUCUUUCCUGGAGAGCUACAGUGUAUGCAGGGCUACUCAACCCUGCUCCUUGGAAGGUCAAAGCCACUGCAAGUUUUCACUCCAAUGUUUAAGAGUUUGACCGUGUGCAUAAAAAUAAUUUCACUUUC